UUCGCGCUUUUUUUAUCAGCUGUUGACCCUUGACCCCACCUAUCAUUCCGUCACCACAACAUGGCGGAGGCGGGAAGUUCUGGCACCAAGCGGCCGUUCUCUGAGGUCGACAAUGACGAGGAACAGGAAGGGGUGUCUAUGUUAGACGUCCUGGAGGAAGAUGAAGAACUCGAGGAGGCUGCUUCGGCAGUCCUUGGUGGCAGCGAUGACCAGCACUGCACCUACAUCCAGGGCUACCUCCCCAGACAGGCCCUGUACGCCUGUGGCACCUGCACACCUGAGGUGAUGGACCCCGCCUGCAUCUGUCUGGCCUGCAGCUACGAGUGCCAUGAGGGACAUGAGCUCUACGAGCUGUACACCAAGAGGAACUUCAGGUGUGACUGUGGCAACAGCAAGUUUCCAGACAACAAAUGUAAACUGGAUCCGAACAAGGCACCUGUCAACCCUGACAACAAGUAUAACCAUAACUUCCAUGGUCUGUACUGCAUCUGUGAUCGACCCUAUCCAGACCCUGAUGAUGAGAUAGAGGAUGAGAUGAUCCAGUGUGUGGUUUGUGAGGACUGGUAUCACGGGCGUCACCUGAGCUGCAGCCCUCCCUCCUCAGUCAGCUACCAGGAGAUGGUGUGUGGAGCCUGCAUGAAGAGAUGCAGCUUCCUGUGGGCCUACACUGUACAUAGCAUUGAAACUACAGUUGUGAAGAAGGAGGAAAGCGCAGCAGUGGUGGAUGUGGAGUCCGUGAGCACCAGUCCCAGCGGGACUAAGUCUCUGAAAGGUGCUGGAGAUGCAGCAACAACAGUUAAGACGGAGACAGGUUCAUCAGGGGAGCCUUCAGAUGCAGCACAACAUGUGACACUCCCUAAUGGAAGCAAACCUGUCACAGCUGUAACAGCCGACAGCACUGAAGGUGCCACCACUUCAGCUGAGUCAGCAGAGAACAAGGAAGGACUGAAUGGGGCAAAACCUGCAGCUGUGAACAAGGAGACAGCUGCUGCUUCAGAUGCUGCCACAGCCUGUGAAGCUCAGUCCACCAGUGGAACAGCAGUAGACUCGAAGAAGGAGUGCAAGCUACAGGACCUACAAGACAGAGGGGUGACUGUUGGGGACCAUGCCGUGUUCUGGUCUCAGGGCUGGAGAGCCAAACUGUGCACCUGUGACACGUGUAAGGGUCUCUAUGAGGAGAAGAAAGUGACGUUUCUGCAAAACGAGGGUGACACAGUGCUGGCAUACGAGCAGCGUGGUCAGACAGGACAGCCACAAGGCUCCACCUAUGAGAAGGGGAUGGAAGAGUUCAGCAAGAUUAACAGGAUACAACAGGUGGAAGUGUUGCAUGGAUAUAACGAUAUGAAGGAUAACCUGAGAGACUAUCUAAAGACUUUUGCUGAGCAGGGCAAGGUGGUGACUGAGUCAGACAUCAGAGAGUUCUUCAUGCGCAUGCAGGACAGACGGAGACAGCAGGCGGCAGGCGUGCAGUUUAACUGCCGAUAGAGAGAGAACACCAAAUCACAAGACUGUCGGCCAUGCUACAUACUCCACCUGCACACUGUCACAGGAACUUAUACAUAAUCAGACUACAGUAUUGUAAUGUCUUAAACGAAGUACAACAUAAUGUCUAGUCCUGAAAUAAAAUGGAAACCAGUGCACUGUUACCAGGUGUUACAUUAUACAAGGUAGCUGUAACCAUCCAUCUAGUAUUUUCAUAAAUGUUCAUACACACAAUGCACCAAGCACUACUGAACCUGUGAGUCCUGCCUAAUGGUAGACAUACAGCUACACACACGGUACAGCCAGACCAAUUCUGGAUGUUGCUUUUAACUGUUAGUGAUUUGAUCUACCGCUGUACUCAGUGGUAGGGUUGAAUAUGACAUGAACUAGUGCACCAGCACACCAGAUGUGUAUUACUAAUGUGACCUUCAGUUGUUACCAGAAGCAAGUUACCAAAUGUUCAGGCAGCUUCAAGAUGUAAUAUUUAUUGUGUAUGAAGACACCAACACAACACUAAAUGCUUCAGGACUGCCAUGUUCUGGUUUGACAUCCACCCUCCAGUUGUACAUAUGACACACAUACUGUGGAGUUUUGUGGAAUAAAAAGAUACCAAAAAUGACAUAGACCUACUAUCUGUUACACUCAGUUCAAAUCGGACUCCACCUACUUCAGAAGCAAAGUUAUACUGUCUGAAAUGAAAUGCUGUAAUCUCUUGGUCAAACAUGAAAUAAAAGAAACUGCUUGGUG